AUGAAGCUUCUAUCAGCUGUAAUAGCACUUCUCGCAUCUGCAUUUACUGUUGCUGCCCACGGUGACCACUCUCAGAACAUAUUAAAACAAAAACCGUCACAUUUGAGAUGGCAAGAUUGGCACAUGCUGGAAGAACACAACAUUGCUGACUACGAUGCUCAAACAUUCUUCACCAUGCAUGACUUGAAAGGAGCCGGUCAAUGGGAUAGAAGUGAUAUACUCAAUCUCUAUGGAAUAAAACAUGAAGUCAUCAUCGGCGAUGGAUCAGGUAUGGGCGAAAAUUCCCGUAAAGUGACACCCGAAGUGCAAAACAUGGUUGUUGAGUCAAUUUUCAAGUUAUUUGAUAGUGAUAAGAAUGGUGUUAUAACCAGUGAUGAAUGGAUCAGAUUUCAUGACAACGGUGGUGAAUUACCAGACUUUGGUUACGGACAGGGCCACCAUUUGGACUUUGAAAGUGAAUACGAGGAACAUCACUGGAAACAAUACCACGCAAAAGUCGACCCAGAUACCAAGAUCAAGCACAAGGAAGACAUCGAGCAUGAAUUGUUGCAUCACAAGCAUGAGAUUGAAGAGACCCACGAUCGUUCUUCAGAGUUGAGAGAGGUUACCAAGAACUUCUUGUCCAACAUAAGAAUUGAAAACUUGAAACCAAAGUAUCGUAAUUGA